ACCAAUUUUUUCCAACCAUUUUAUUCUAUAAAUUGAAAAACAUCUUCCUUGAGUGUGUUUGCCUUAUUUUGGGAGAUUUAUACUUUCUCCGCAACUUUAUACUCGGAAGAUUAUUCCUUGAUCAGUUGAUCAUAGUGGAUUUACUGGCUUGUGCAGUCCGUAUUUUUUUUCUCCCUCUACUUUGGAAGGUUUUCCAUGUAAAUCUGGUGUCUUGUCUUUGUUCAUUCCAUUCUCUACUUUUUCUUAUUCGAUUUCAUAUUGAAUUUGCUUCCGUCAGUGGUUUUUUUUAUCGAGGUGCAAAGGUCUUGAAACGCAAACACAUCCCAAAUCACAUACGGAAGUUGACUAGUUGAGAUGGGAGACGUAAAACGACGCAGCAUGUUGUGGUACACGUGUCGAGACGCCAUUGAGUGAGCCACGCUAUUUAUACUAACUACUAAUUUUCCUCUGCUAACCCAGAUUCUCGGUCAGUUUCUCUGUCUCGUUCUGCAAGUUCCACGAGACUCUACUCCACCAGAGAAGAAGACGCAGCGCCCUUUUUUUUGCCACUAGCUUCUAUCUCCGCGCACAGAGGCAGAGGGAGAAAGAAUGGGUUGGGUUCGGAAGACGGUGGACUCCGUCAAAUCCUUGCAGGUCAAGCAAGUUCUGCUUCGCGCCAUCAGUCUCGCAAUGGUUUUUACGUCGGGGUUGAUUCUGUGGAAAGCGCUGAUGUGCAUGACGGGAACUACGUCGCCGGUCGUGGUUUCCGGAAGCAUGGAACCAAGUUUCAAAAGGGGUGACGCUCUGUUCUUGUACAAGAACAAAGAUCCGAUUCGGGCAGGGGACAUUGUAGUAUUUAAUGUUAAGGGGCAAGAUGUUCCUAUAGUUCAUCGCGUAAUCGAGGUUCAUGAGCAACAAAGCAAUGGGGAAAUAAAGCUACUGACUAAAGGGGAUGCAAAUGAUAUGGAUGAUAGGUUUCUGUAUGCUCGUGGUCAGCUAUGGUUGAAGCCACAGCACAUCAUGGGCAGAGCAGUCGGGCUCUUGCCUUACGCGGGUUGGGUGACCAUUGUCAUGACUGAGAAACCUGUUUUACAGUACAUACUCGUAGGAGCAGUGGGUUUGCUGUUCUUGACUUCAAAGGACUAGAACACGAGAAGAAGCUGAUUGACCAAUUCGCUACGGGUUCACAAGCUUUGUAGUACCCCCUCGAAUGAUGUAAUUUUGCCUCUUAGUUUUGCAAGCUACUCUAGUUAACUACAGACUAAGCUUUCACUCCAAAGCCAUUGGAAAGCUAAGUAAGCAUUCCAAACUACUAAGCACUGCCAAUUGGCCGAAA